AUGUCAUCCUAUCCACAACUUGUGACGAAAUAUCCCGGCCAGGUCCAAUGUAUACUAUUGAGGAACACGUCGGCCACGGAUAGUACCAAUCGGAUACCCAAGACGGUCGUUGCUAUAAUGCAUCCGUUCCCCAAAACGUUACCCUGGGAUGGCAAGGCCUUCCUUUGGGCAGAAAUCCAUGAUUUCAGAAAAAUAGAAAUAUGCCUAGUGACAUUGCUGCCGCGGGGGGGGGUUCUUUCUUUCCUGCUACUCUCGGUGUUCCAACGUCUCAGUAAACCAAAUAAAGUAUCAUUGAAACCGGAAAUUCAAAUCUAUACGUACUCCCAGGAAGAAGGAAUGGUUGAAUUAAGGAAGCGCAAAGCACCCGCCGAGCCCCCUAAACCCAGUACAAAAAAGACGAAGAAGGUCACCAAACCUGAUGCUCCCGCUGCUGUCGCUGCCAUACCAAGGCCCAAGAAAGAAGAGGCCUUGAAUGCGGAGGCGACGCCUGUGGCUCCGUCGUCGCAGAAGAAACCGCCGAAGAUCGGCGACACAAUUGACCUCGACCAGAUCGGAACCAAUAUCACGACUCACGACGGAGCUCCAACGACGUUGAAGUCGCUGGUUGAGCAGAGCGCCUCCGGUGUCGUUUUGUUUACCUAUCCGCGCGCUUCAACACCUGGCUGCACAACCCAAGUCUGUCUUUUCCGUGACCGAUACGACAAACUUACAUCUACGGGCUUGUCUAUCUUUGGACUUUCUGCCGACUCCCCCAAAGCAAACGCGAAUUUCAAAUCUAAGCAAAAUCUCCCGUAUCCUUUACUCUGUGAUCCUACAGCUAGUUUGAUUGGUGCUCUUGGACUGAAGAAGACGCCCAAGGGAACCGUCCGUGGAGUGUUUGCUGUGAGUAAGGAGGGUAAGGUUCUCCUUCUAGAGUCUGGUGGACCAGCUGCUACGGCUGAUACCGUUCAGAAGGGUAAUCACGUGCGGUGGAGGGCCGCCUGGGCAACUAGUGCCCAACACCCCCCAACACCCCCCCACGCGCCAACCGAAAAGUCCUAG